UGGCGUAAAUCUUUACCCCUUACUAAAACCACGAAAAAGGACAUAGAAACAGACAGCCAAAGGCUCCAGAGAAAUGAAGUCACCUCCCUCUUCAUCUCCUUCUUCCUCUCUUCUUCUGAGAAAAACUCGGCUUUCUCCUUUUCUAUUCACUUUAUUAGCCUUCAUCGUCUUCAUUGCUGUUAUUCUUUACAGUGAAGUCUUCAGUCAAUGUGAUACCAAACUCUCUGGCCUUCGCAUUUCCAUCUCAAGAAUCAUGAAAAACAAGGAGAAAUUGCCAUUUGCUAUAGGAGAAAGAGAAGAAGGGUGUGACGUAUUCAAAGGAAGAUGGGUUUGGGAGAAGAGCCGACCUUUAUACGAGGAAUACGAGUGUCCUUACAUACAACCACAGUUAACUUGCCAAGAACACGGUCGUCCAGACAAAGACUAUCAGCAUUGGAGAUGGCAACCUCAUGCUUGCUCUCUUCCUAGGUAACCCACUUACUUUGUUUCUGUCAAUUAUUAGUAUUAAAUUUCUUGUUUCAUUAGUGUAUUAUAAACUACUGAUCAUGACCAACAUCCCAUUUAGUUUAAUCUAAAUUCUCAAUCUCGAGACCUAUUUCCCACUAUUGUAGUUUUUGUACACAUAUAAAAUUUAUUAAGUUUAAUCCGUACAAAAUUUGAAUUGAAUCUUAAUUUUAUUUGGGUUAAAUAAUUAAUUUAGACUUUACAAAUUAAAUUAGUCCAUUUUAUUAUUUUCAAGCCCUAAGUCCAUUUUAUCUUAAGGCCCAAACUCAUGCCUUGUAUCAAGUGACAUGGCAUAUUCAGUCAAACUCAAAAGCCAAUAAGAUGACGCCACGUAUGAAAUGAUGUGGCAAUCUCAGUCUAAAAUAGUGACCAAUCAAGAGUUGCCAGGUGUCUAAAAUGACAUAUCUUGGCCAAUCACAAGCAAGCUUAUCACAUAGCUUAUGUGAUAAGUUUGAUGAUUCACAUGAGCCAAUCAGAAAUCAAACAAGAGAGUUCAUAUGUAGCUGGACUGUUCAUCCUUUACCACUAUAAAUAGAGGAGUUACAUAACUCUCUAGGGAGAUUCAGAGUUGAAGAAGAGCAUUCCGCAAUUAGUGAAGGCAUCCGCAAAUAGAGAGA